AGCGCUACCCAUGAUGUCAUGUACAUGAAAAAGCCAAGAAGUAGUUAAGAAGGCGGCUUGUAACUCUGGAAAGAGUGGGUGAACCUCUGAGGCGCAGAGAGCAGACGCACGCGGGUGAUAUUUUGGACUGACAACACACGGCAACGGCACCAUGGUGCAGCAAACGGACAACAGCGAAACGGACAGCAUGUCCAGAGAAGCCACCGACUCCGACGAAAGUGAAUUCAUGGUUUCGAUAAACCCAGACUGGUGCAAGACAGCGACCGGACACAUAAAGCGACCGAUGAACGCGUUUAUGGUGUGGUCUAAAAUCGAGCGGAGAAAGAUCAUGGAACAGUCUCCAGACAUGCACAACGCCGAGAUCUCCAAACGCUUGGGGAAGCGCUGGAAAAUGCUGAAGGACAGCGAAAAGAUACCUUUCAUCAGGGAAGCCGAAAGACUCCGGUUGAAACACAUGGCUGAUUAUCCUGACUACAAAUACAGACCCAAGAAGAAACCAAAGCUGGACAGUUCCUCCAAACCCUCAGCCCCAUCUCCAGAGAAGUCCUGCAACAAAAUGUCCAAGAACUCCAAGAAAUGUCCCAAACUAAAAGCGAACAAGACGGGAAGCAAGUCGUCUCACGGCUACGGAGAUGAGUACGUGUUUAAGAGCAUUAAAGUUUCAAAGACUGUCAUUAAAAGUGAAUUCACGGAUGAAGACGACGACGACGACUCCGAGGAGGACUCCUCUCGAGUCCGGGUGAAGGAGGAGGAAGAGGAUCCGAUCCGAGCCUACAAUGUAGCAAAAGUUCCCGCCAGCCCAACUUUGAGCUCGUCUACAGAGUCCGAGGGCGCCAGCAUGUACGAGGAGGUCCGGAACAACAGACUCUUCUACAAUUUCAAAAACAUCACCAAGCAGAGCACAAUGUAUCCUGCAUCCGUCUCACCAGCAUCCUCUAGGUCAGUUUCCACUUCUUCCAGCUCAAGCGAAGACGCGGACGACUUGCUUUUUGACUUCAGUUUGAACUUCGCCUCCUCCGCGCAAAGCUCGGAGCUGGGCAACCAAAACCCAGGGAAUCUCUCCCUCUCUCUGGUGGAUAAGGAGUUGGAGUCUUUUAGUGAGGGCAGCCUGGCUCCCACUUUGAAUUUCCAGACUAUUGCACGCCUGAGCUCAGCGAAAUGAUAGCUGGGGACUGGCUCGAAGCGAACUUUUCUGACCUGGUUUUUACAUACUAAAUAAGACAA